AUCGAUGUUGUUGGGCGGAGAAUUCACCCGCUUGACAGUGGCUCUCUUAGCUGCUAUUCAGUUUAACUGCGACUAUCAGAGAGUGGAGAACAUUCAAUGUGCUUGUGGAAUCUUGGUGUUUGUAAACAGAUUUAUUAAAAUAUUAUAAUAAAUUUCAACUUAUAAAAAUAAAUUAUUAGAAAAAAAUAGAAGAUAUGGCGUGCAAUAGAGCAACUAAAUCUGGAUUUGCAGCAGAAGCGCAAAAAAAGAUUAACAGCAAAUACAGUGAAGAAUUAGCUCAAGAAUGUCUCGAAUGGAUAAAAACCAUUACGGGUGAAGACAUUAACACAAACGGUGACAUGGAUAAUUUCUAUGAAAUCCUCAAGGAUGGAACAGUUUUAUGCAGAUUGAUUAACCACAUAAAAGAAGGUUCUGUAAAAAAAAUCAAUCAAACAUCUAUGGCUUUUAAAUGUAUGGAAAACAUCAAUGCUUUUCUGGAAGCAGCUAGAAACGUUGGUGUUCCACCUCAGGAAACAUUCCAAACUGUUGAUCUUUGGGAGCGACAAAAUCUUAAUUCCGUUGUUAUUUGCCUUCAAUCACUUGGAAGAAAGGCUGGAAGUUUUGGUAAACCAAGUAUUGGACCCAAAGAAGCGGACAAAAACGUUCGUAAUUUUUCUGAAGAGCAAUUACGAGCUGGACAAGGAGUUAUAAGUUUACAAUACGGUAGUAACAAAGGAGCAAAUCAAAGUGGUAUUAACUUUGGGAAUACUCGACACAUGUAGAUUAGAUUUUUUUUUCGACUCCAUUCCAAUUUUUGUAUUCAUUUUAUUUAUAUAAAUUACUAGAUAAAAGCAAUUGUAUUGUUUCUAAAAUAACUUAAUAAACUUAUAUAUUCUACAAAAAAAAAAAGAAAAAAAAAUACAAUCAUGUAUAAUACUGAUAUAUAUACUAUAAAAUCGUUAACUUUCUAAGUUUAAAAGAUUUAUUAAAAUAAUCUAAUUAUGCAAAUUUAUAUAACUAAUAAUAAUAUAUGAUAAACAUUCAGAACCAAUAAAAUUAACGAAUAGUAAGCAGUUAUAUUUUUAUACAUUAAAGAUAAAUGAACGUUUACAGAAAUCUUAGUUUUGAUAACCAAAUUAUGUGACUUAAAAAUUAUGCCUUG